GGGCUGCAGCAUCCCGGCUCCGAUCGCCCGCCGCGCUCCCGGCUCGCGAUCCCUCCCUCUCCCGCCCUCGCCUGCACGCGGGCUGCCCGGCCGCUCCGCACACUUUGCCCCUUCUUGGCAGCGGAUAAAAGAGGUCUGAGGAAAUACGGAUCGGCCGACCGCUGCCAGCGCUGCCCUUUAAAUCCCCGGCCCCAGGACCCGCGCACCGCAGGCAGGCCCGGAGCCCGGCCGCGUGCGAGGCGCAGCAGGCUUGGCGCGCGGCUCCACCGGAUCGCCUCGCAGAAGCGGCCGGAACCGAAGUCCACUCUCGGCUCCCAGGUACCACUUUCCGCAGCCCCAGCCCGGGGGACGUGAGCCUAGCAACCGAGAGCCGAGAUGCCAGCCCACAUGCUGCAGGAGAUGUCCGGCUCCUACACCACCACCACCACCAUCACGGCGCCCCCGUCUGGGGGCCUGCAGAAUGGGGUACAGAAGCUGGACAAGGCUCCUCAGUACAUCGGAGCAGACAUCCGCCCUGAAAUAAAAGAUGACAUACACGACCCCAGCUACCAAGACGAAGAAGGCCCCCCACCCAAGCUGGAGUACGUGUGGAGAAACAUCAUCCUGAUGGCGCUGCUGCACGUGGGAGCCCUGUACGGAAUCACCCUGGUUCCCACCUGCAAGUUCUACACCAUCCUGUUUGCAUAUGUGUACUACGUUGUCAGUGCCCUGGGGAUCACAGCAGGAGCUCAUCGCCUGUGGAGUCAUCGAACUUACAAAGCGCGCCUGCCUCUGAGGGUCUUCCUGAUCAUUGCCAACACCAUGGCCUUCCAGAACGACGUGUAUGAGUGGGCCCGAGACCAUCGUGCCCACCACAAGUUCUCAGAAACACACGCAGACCCUCACAAUUCCCGACGUGGCUUUUUCUUCUCCCACGUGGGCUGGCUGCUUGUGCGCAAACACCCAGCCGUCAAAGAGAAGGGCGGUUUGCUGGACAUGUCCGACCUAAAGGCUGAGAAACUGGUGAUGUUCCAGAGGAGGUACUACAAGCCUGGUCUCCUGUUGAUGUGUUUCAUCCUGCCCACGCUGGUGCCCUGGUAUUGCUGGGGAGAAACUUUUCUACACAGCUUGUAUGUCGCCACCUUCCUGAGGUAUGCCGUGGUGCUCAAUGCCACCUGGCUGGUGAACAGUGCUGCUCACCUCUUUGGAUACCGCCCAUAUGACAAGAACAUUGAGUCUCGGGAGAACAUCCUGGUUUCGCUGGGAGCUGUGGGCGAGGGCUUCCACAACUACCACCAUGCCUUCCCCUAUGACUACUCUGCCAGUGAGUAUCGCUGGCACAUCAACUUUACCACAUUCUUCAUCGACUGCAUGGCUGCCCUCGGUCUGGCUUAUGACCGGAAGAAAGUAUCCAAGGCCGCCGUCUUGGCCAGGAUUAAAAGAACUGGAGAUGGAAGCUACAAGAGUGGUUGAAUUGGGUCAUCUGUGUUUCUCUUCCAAAAGCCAGACUGUCAGAGGUGUAAUGUGUUAAUUAACUACUGAAAAAUGCUAUCAGGAUGCUAAAGAUGAUAUUAACCUGUUCCGAUACAGUAUUCUUUAAAAUGGGAAAGUUUUGAUAACUUUUUAAGGUAAUACAUAUUUUAAUUAGCCAGAUUUAACCACACCACAAUAUAUAUACAAACAUGUUGUACAUGAAAAAUACAUGCAAUUUUAUGUUGAUUUUUAAAAAUAAAUAAUAAUAAAUUGGAACAUUCUUUAAAAAGAGUAUUGAAAGCCAACAACUAUGCUCUUAUUAUGUUAAACAGAUACACUUCUCUCUUCUCUUUGCACUGUACUUUGCACUGUUUCUGUCACCUUCCUUUCUCUUCUUCCUUAGAGCCUCCCAGGCAAACCGCUGGUCAGUCACUGAUCUGCACCCACCUUGUAAAGUGUAGACAGCCUUUCUAAAGGUGAUGCUCUUUCUCCAUGUAACUGUUUGAUGUGCCCUGAGCUCCAAGGUAUGUCGCUCAAACUAGACAUGAAACCUUCGGGGAUGUCCCCUGCUAUCUUCAAGCAGGCUUUGCUUGAUGGAAUGGAAAAAUGUAUCUGGCACAUGACUUGAAAAGCAGGUAGAUGAUCAAGAAAAGGCUGCUCGUGGGAUAUGCUUUGUGGGUAAGGAUGAGAUAGAGAUUGGAAGAGAGAAGAGGUCAUUGGGCCCAGCUACCUGCCCAGCAAUGCUGUGGAGCCCUCUGCACAGGGUGCCACCUUUCUCUCCUGACUAUGCCGGGAGCUGGGGAAUGUGCAGCACAACAGCAAGUCAGUAGCUAAAGAUAAGGAAGAAGGAUUUAUUUGGUAGGAGAAGGGGUCUCUGUUGUGAAGUAUUUUUAUUAAUAACGAGAAGAGUUCUGGAAGUCUUCAGGUUAGGUGUGACCAGAACAGGUGAGUAGUUAGCCCAGAUUUCUGAGGAUUCCAUGAGUGGCUCAUCUAAUUCCUUUGACCUUUCUGCUCUCCGUGCUCAGGGUAUUUGUUUUUCCCUCUCAGUACUAGGAUUUCUAUGGCAUUUCUACACAUCCAGAAAUGGGAGGAAUUUAACAGGUGGAAUUGGGUCAAAUGAAAAUAUUUAGACAUAAAAUCUUUCCUGGGAACAUGAAAAUAGUUAACAUUUUCUUUUGAAAGAAAAGCUAAGGGAACUUGGAGAAGAGGAAUUAGCUGCUUGUCUCUUCCUCCUAUCACUAGGCAAGAGAUAGACUGAGGGGCAGCCUUUGUAGCAGCUCCUUGGAUAACUUUCCAAAGAGCUCUGAGAACACACCCAGGGGAUUCAGAACUAAGUCCUUAGGUGUCCUAAUGGGACAAGUUCAAUGAUACCUCUGUAUAUUAGUCCCACUUGCUGCAGAUUGGAUGCAAAUUAGUCAUGUCUCUAAGGUAUUGCGCUCUUUCACUCAUUUCUUGCCCUGUGACCAUCAGCCUAUAUGUAUGAUUGCCAGGAGUAGGGCACGAGUCAUUAAUGCCCUGAUUCUUGGUUCUCGGUUGUACUCCGUAUGUCCCUUUUCUCUUAUGAUUGUCUUUGUUCCCUGGCCUUUGCUUCCUGCUGGAUUUCAGGCAGCCCCCUUUCCUGCAGACACAGGCUCACAGGCUCUGAGCUUACGAGACUUGCUGGUGAAGGUGACUGCUACUUUCCUGUGGGCCUCUUGAUUUCCCUGCAUCUUCAUUAUGCCCAGCCUCCCUCAUGGCUGCAGAAGCUUCCCAACAACUUGUACAAACAUCAGUGACUCAGAGAGGCUCUCUAAUGGAGCAAAGCCAGAGAGCUGGCCAUGGCGCUUGUCACUCUCCUGUGGGUCUAAGCAGAAUUCUGUUCCCUCAGCAAUGUACCCCAUUUGACCAGCACUUUCACUGUUGGUGUAAUGGUUGUAAAAAGAGCAAGCCUUAUAGGGAAGCACAAGAAGCGAGGGCAAGUUCCCAGGUGCCCCCCAUUAACACCCUAACCCCCCUCCCCCGAGUCUCUGCAGCCAGGCUGUACUGCUGGUCUCUGACUGAGAUAUUGGAUCUGAGAUGCCUUGGACUUUGCUGAACAUUAUCUGUGUUUUGAAGACCUGGGAUCUUUCCUGUUCCUGUACUGUAGGUGUCAAUGCAAAAGCCUGACUCUGCUCUAUAGAAUUAGUAGUGCCAAGUGCCAAAUGUUUUGUCUACCAAAUGUUGAUCCCCCAUGGUGGGAGGGAGCAGGACCUUCUUGUGUCCACUGAAUAGAGGCUGCAGCCACCAGCCUGCACUGGGGCAGCCUUGCCCUUGAUCUGGUCAUUAAAGUAGAAAAGUGUCUCAUGGAAGAUCGCUGUAGAUUAGAUCUGCUGACCUAUGUGCUUACCCCUUGCCCAUCACCUGUUAGGUGCUUUUAAUUCUACAGAUCAUCAGAUGCCUGCUUUAUAAUAUAUGGACAAUAAAAUCAACUUUUUCUUCUAAUCCUAUUCAUGGAUCUAAUUCAUGCCAUGUCCCUACAAGAAAACUGGAGGGGCUGGAGAUUCAGCUCAGCGCCACAGUGCCUGCCUGGCAAGCGUGAGGUCGUGAGUUUGAUUCCCAGUACCAGAAAAAGAAAGAAAAGAAAAACAAAACUGGAGUUGGAUACCACAGAAUGAGAACCCAGCAUACACUUGGAUGUGUAUGUAGGGGUGUGUCAAUUCAGCAAGGAACACUUUUCAAGAUUCUAAAGCUCAGUUCAAGUGGUACCUUCAUGAGAAACUGUUCUUGAGAGUGAAUUUCUAAUAGACUUUACCAUAUGGAUGUACUGACAACCUACUCAGUGCCUUACCUCUUUGCUAAUCCAUGCUGCAUGUGAGCCUGGCCUCACUCCCUGAGUCCUUCCCACCUCAGAGCCGGCAGCAGUAGCCAGUGUCAGUAGGAGACUGGGUAGAGGAUUAUCAGUACAGCAAGUAGCAGGAUUCUUUUCUGGGUUUCAUUUUGGAAACUUUAGGGCUUUUUUACUAAGAGCACAAAAUUCAUGAAGGUUGGGAGUGAUUUGAAUGUGUGAUUUAUUAUGAAAUAACGGUGCUUAAAAUGGAAAAUUUUCUCCUUAGCUUGCAAAUAAUCCUGAGUGUAUUCUCUGCAAGUGUAGCACAUGGGUGACUAUGAAAGGUAAACCAAGCAUGUCACCAUGUUAGACUGGUGGCUAAGCAAGCCUCUCCUACUACUAAGCUACCCACUUCUAUCUGACCCUCCAUUUUAUAACAUACUUCUUAGAAAAGGUCAUUAAUUUUUUCAAAACCCUUUUGAACUAGUCACCUCUUAAAUGUCCCAACAUUCAAACUAUUGUGCUGGGGAUGAACUUUCCAACUCAUAAACCGGGGGACACUGAAAUCUCUGCACUAGGCAAAUCACUUAACUAUAAUGUGCCUACUUUUCCUUCUGUUACAAUGGGGUAAUCAUACUGACCUACCUCAAAGAGCAGUUCUGGGGUGUGAAUAAGCUUUUGUCAACCAUUUUGGCAUCCUUAGCAGAGGAACCAUCCAGUCAUAGACCUUUAUAGUAUCAGUGUCUACAUGGUUCUUUCAAGAGAUUCAGUACUUCCAUUGGCAAAGUGGUGUGUAACAAAGACAAAAUUUGAGAAUACUUACUGCCGUGAAAACAUAUGCUGUAUACUUUUUCCUUGCCUGGGUGGGACUUUCUUCCUUUUUAUGUGAAAUAGUCAUUUGUAACCCAAAAAUAAAUUUUGAAAUAAUUUUCAUUAAUAUCAAUUCUGAAGCUAGUUGUACUGAUCUGAGAUUUUUUUUGUUCAUAAUAAAAGUGAAGUGAAUCUGACUGCA